GAGAGGAGGAGAAAAACAUUGAGGCUCAGUUACUUCCGCACCAUGUGAGCAGCACCGGGAUAGGAGCGUUAUUUGGUCCCGGAUGGACCCUGCAUCCUCUGGGGUAGAGGAGCGCUAACCUGCCUCCAUACAAACAUCCACCGGCCAGAUCCGAGGCUGAAAACCCGCUCAGCCCCGCCCAGAGACCGGAGCCAUGACUGGGGACGUGGCCGUAUCUCUGUCUGUGCUUGCGGUGGUCGUCCUGCUGAGCGAUGUGACCCGCAGGAUGUUGGUGCGGGCCCUGGCGGACCCCGGGCUCUCCUCCUACGCCGUGGAGCUGGUGUCUACCUUCCAGCUCUGCUGCUGCACGCACGAGCUCAAGCUGCUCUCUGAGGUCGGCGGCAUCCCGCCUCAGCUCGCGCUCACCUUGACGUAUGUGACGUCUGUGGCUCACGGGCUCACCUUCAGAGGAGCCGUGGGAAACCCCUGCGGUGCGCUAGAGCACGCGUACCGCGCAAGGUUCUCCGCCGGGUGCGCGUUAGGACGGAUCGCGUGCCAGUUCGCCGCGGCUGUGGCUGCGCGCGUGGCCGUGCCGGUGAUCUGGGGUAUGGGACUGUCGGGACUGCACAGCCGGCAUAAGCUGCUCGGGUUCCCGUGUGUCAGCGCGAUCCACGCCUCUCUGCCUGAAGCUGCUGCCGUGGAGCUGGUGUGCGCCUUCGCUGUUCAGACCGUCAUCACGCACACACAGUCUGUGGAGGAGAGAUACCGCGUGCACGCAGUGGCUGCUGCCAUAACAACAGCGGUUUAUGCGGGUGGCAGGGUGACCGGAGCUGUGUUUAACCCAGCGUUGGCCUUCUCCACACAGUUCCCCUGCAGUGGAAACUCAUUCCUUGAUUACUGCUUCGUGUAUUGGUUGGGUCCACUUUUGGGUAUGAUGAGCUCAGUGCUUCUCUCAGAUAAACUCAAGCCUGCAUUUUCACCCAAGUCUCCGUCUCUUCACCUCCCGCUGCGGGCCAAGAAGCAGACAUGAGCAUACAGGGGGCCGGCCGGCAUGCUGACCCCAGAGCCUAUUAGAUGGAAAUCCUAACAAAUAGAGUUACUACUAAGCUGCUUUGCCUGAAAAAAAAAAACUAUUAGUGCUGAGAGACUUAAUAGAAUUUGGAUCAGAAGCACAAGUAAAAAAGAAAUGUAAUUUAAUCUUUAAGUAAUCUAUCUAUAGAUGGCUUUGUUUAAAAUUCAGGAGAGGUAACUUCUUAAUACUAUAAGAUUAUUUCUCUAAGGAAGUUUUCUGACUUUAUAAGAAGAAAUAAUCUUUAACACCUGAGACAGUUUAAACAUUUAUCUCAUUUUCUAAACAAAUUCAACUACAACACAAGGAAAAGUCUUAUGCCAAAAAAAGAGCAUCCCUUAGGAAUCCAGAAUAGCAUUCUGUAGGAUUCCAACCAGGAAACCUGCAGCCUUCCAAGGACAGAAGAGUUUGGCUCUAACUAAACCAACAAGCCCCAAAGUAUUAUGAUAUAAUCCAGCCAUUUGGUGGAGUCACACCACCAACCUUUAAGUUAAAGAGCCACUCAACAACAGGCUACACUUGAGGGUAUAUAUAUAUAUAUAUAUAUGCAACUUAUAUGUGGAUAGAAUAAUUCUUGGAUAAUAUACAAAAACAUAUUUUUAUGUGAAAUAUUUCUAACAGAUUUCCAAACAUUGAAGUGUAACAAGUGUUAUUGUUUAAUGUGUUAUUCUGAAACAGAAAUGUACUGCAACUUAACAUUCAGCACAACAUGUCCUUUACUUUUUGCACAGCUGUUCACUGGUGCCUUCAGAUUCCAGUGAAAUAAAAACAGAUUCAAUUGUU